AUGCCACGUUCGAUAAUUCGUUCACCUGGCCAACCCACUACCACAAUCAAAACAGUGACAAAGACAGCUGGUCACGUCAGCGGCGAUUGUGUUAGACUCUUCGAAACCAUGUCAAGCACUGCUGCUGUUUCUUUCCUGGCCGCUGUCGCAUCUCAACCGCUAAGAGAUAACGGAAAUAAUGGAAAUAGCGAAAGAUGGUUUGUGGAGGCUGAGAAAGAUGGUGCAAUCCUUGGGUUCUUCAAUGAAACCAUGAAAAAGGAUAAGACUAAAUUACUCGAAUCCUAUGCGGAAGACCACUAUGAUACAUUGCGACUCUUGUUCAACGGCAGCAGAUUGUUUGCUCUGGACGAACACACGGCCAAGAUGGAAGAAAUGGCAGCUGGAAAGGCUUAUGAGAUAGAAAUCAAAAACGAACAAGUUGGCGGCCUGUUUGGCCGUGUCUUUCGACGAAUUUUGAAAGGUGGUCCUAGAUUCGAUCUCAACAAUGAUAUCUGA